GCCUUGUUAACGUAAUCUAAAUAAACAAGAGAAUAUAAUUAUUUUCUUUUCUUAUAAAUUAUUUUAUCCCCGAAUCAGAGAGCAUAAUGCCUACUGUUAAUUAUAGAAUCUAACUCUCUGGUGAAUGUCCUACGAAGAAAUAGACCAUUAUUUACAAAUUGAACACCACUCCAAGUUCCAAAUGAAUACAACCUUUGAGCACAUGAUCACGAUAAAGUUAGCUUAGGCGUCGUUUGGAUGGAUCAAUUGUAAAACGAGACAAUUUAACCAAUUGUUUUAUUUUACAAAACGAGUCAUUUUAAACGAGUCAAUUCAGAUUACCUGCCCCACCCCAGACAAUUGUAAUUGGCUCAAAAUGAGUCAAUUCAGAAUUCCCCAGGCCAAAUUGCUUCAUCCAAAUUUUCUGCUGUCAAACGGAUCAAUCUAAAAUAAUUGACUCAAAACGAGACAAUUGUGUCAGAUUGAUCCAUUAGAAUUCCUCGUCCAAACGACCCCUUAGUGGUCAAUAAUAGAGCAUUAAGUUUAGUUGGUCUGCCAAAUCAGCCAGCGGACUGGGCUGAUUUAAAUUUUGAGCCUAGGCUUAUGUAAUGUACAAAUUGACAAAUACGCAAAUUGGGCUUUGCUUCCAUUACCCAAAGAUAGGUCCAGCAGAAGAAACACGGAGCUGACACUCGAACUCUUUUGGCUGGCCGGGAGCGCAGAGACGAAGACGAAUUAGCAGCGCGCGGACGAAGGAAGAACUAGCGGCGGCGCCGGCGGCACAGAGAGAGAUGUCAGGCGGAGCAUUUUGGGCGACGAGAGUGUUGGAGAUAGUGAAGAAGCACGACUCGGGAGGACUCGUCUGGAAGAGAAUCAAACUCACCCCCUCUCGUAAGGCCAACGCCAAGAAGCGCCUCCAGCGAGUUUGGCAGAAUGAGGCUGUCUUGAGGGCAUGCUCUGAACCACCACCUUCAACGGCAUCCACUAAUGAGGCUGGCGGACCAGCAGAGGGAGAUGGUAACAACACUACCAAAACCUUGGAUGCCUCAAGUUAAUGAGAUCGAACAUGAGAUAAGUAGCUCAAAGCAAGCGAUUUUGAUCGCAGAGCUAUAUUGUUCUAGUGAUAGUUUUAGUUUUCAGUCUGAUGUGGAAGGCUCUUUUGUUAAAGGAAGCAUACCACCAUGGCAACAACAUGAGCAAUUCUAGGAUACUGAUUUUGAAAACAAUCCAUUGGUAAUUCAGCAUAGAGCUAUAGAAUCAAGAAACAUGUUCAGAGAGCCAAUUUGGAUAUAGUUACUGUCAUUUCUUGAUGCAGACUAUGGUGUCGUGUUGCUGGGUGUAAGAUGCUCUUUUCUGAUAGAAAGGAAUCCCAUAUCUUGUUCUUGCAUGAGAACUCCAGGUUUGACUUGUAUGAUGCACUGCAUUUCAGUUCAUCAGGUGUUUAUCUUGUUCUUCUUUUCCUUUUGGAAUAACCAUUGGUUUACUUUAUUCGAGUUAAAACCUUUUUACCAAACACGCUGUGUUUCCAUAGCUUGAAGUGAAAACCUAUAAGUUAGCUGGAAUAAUUCCUUUCCAACUUACUCAUGCACUUGUUUGUGCUAGUGGUUGUCUAUAUUCAGUUUAUUGGAAAGCUAUUUUGUGGGAUCCUAUAGAAGUAGUAGUGUUUGUGAUACUGUGUCAUACAUACCCCAUGUACCAGUUACACUGUCUGAGUAACCAAGUCGACAACAUUUUGUAACGAUUUCAUUAUGGGUUUACCACAGUUUGCAAUUUCGCACACGAUUUUGUUCUUGUACCUUAAAUCUCUUGUCUAUCUGAUUUUAUUUCGGGUGGCUUCUAUUCUGUCUGUUUUCUCAAAACAUUGUACAUAAUAUAAGUGCUGAAAGCAAGUUAUGGGCUUCAUUUUCCCUUUCAUUUCAUCUUUGCUCCAUGCAGCCCAUUUGGCAUCCAUGAACAAACGAUGAAGCCUUGUUAAAGAAUCACCUUUUUUCAAACAAUUUUCUAAGUUUUCCUACCGCUGAGUUGUCUUUUUUCUGUUCUGUUAGUGUUAUCAGUUAUGUGCUGUCUAAAUGUCUGGAAGGGGCAGCCAUUAAUUGAAGCUCCUAUGGUGGGAAUGCUGCUAUAUGGGGAAAGACAGUAACUUUUUGUUGUUGGUUGCUUGUGGAAUGGGAUCUUGACUACAAAUGUCAGAGACAGCUGAGCUAUCGCCUUUGUUGGAGACUGAACUUUGCUGUUCUGCUCAAAUGGGCUGAUGCCUGAUAGAAAGAAUACAACUUCAUUUCUCAUUGCAGUCAUUAACUAAACAGGCAGUAGUUUCCUAGUCUAGGCUUGGCUACUACAUUAUGCAGUGAUAGCUAGAAGGCUGCUACGGUGCUGCCUUGUUUCUUCCCCUCUUCUUUGAUUUUUUGUUUGUUUGGUAGAGUUUUUACUUGUUACCCUUCCUUUUAUGAGUAUGGCAGAACUCCCAGACAGAUUUGCAGGACCUAUCAGAUACCAAACUUGUUGUUCUGUUUGGACAAUCAAAACCGAAUUACUGUGUGAACUAGGUUAUAUUCAUACAAGUUGAGUUGAAUCAAAAUUUGGAAAGCGGGCAGAAUAGUAUCGUUACAUACUGUAAUUUUGUUUUCGAUUAUUUCAGUUGGUGUCUCAAUAUGAUUGUUGCAAAUGGAAUAAAUGAGUUGAAUGGAGAUCGAACUAAAUCAAACUUUGACUU